GUUUGUGUCUUAUCAUCUAUAGUAUCUGUGUCAGCAACAUGCUGGGACUCUCUUAUGCCGGUAAGAACGUGGGUUUAUAUGCAUGCAUAUUUAUCUUUCUGAUUGUACCCUUUUCUACAGAUCAGUAGACAAAAUAGUAUUUAUGACACUCAUGGAAACCAAAAUAAAAUAUGAUAGCUCCUUAAAAAAUAACAGUUUCCAAAAACAAGCAAACAGUUGAAAUUAAUAAAAUGUGAAAGUAUUAUAUUUUAUUAUGUAAUCACUAUGUCAAUCCAAAUUGUAAGUAGAAUACUGUAACAUUAUAGAAGAACACGUCUAACAUAAGAUUUGUGUUUAUUACUUGUUUGUGUUGGUAUUGCUGCUGCAGUACUAUUUUUGGUAAAGAAAUUGUCACCCAUCUAUUAACAAUAGGCUAUUUACUAUGUAAUGUGAUGGGUAUUUAAGAUAUCAUAUGGCUUCAUCUUGUAUGUAAAUUUGGAGUGUACUUCUCAAACUUAUAAUAGUUUCAUAAAGUUUUCCAAAAGCCCCAAGUUACAAAUUUCAAAAAGCUUACAUUUUGUAAACUGAUUAGCUCACUACAACUUUUUAGUUACUAAAUUCCCAAAUACAAUAUUUGUUGAUUUCAAUAGGAGAUAAAUUUAGGUGAACAUUUUCUCCAAAAUGAAUAACAUAAAUAUGAAUCAAACAAAUUUCUUGAAGUAAUGAUUCUCAUUUUAGCUUAGCUUUGUAUUUUGUCCAGAAACAUUAGCCUGUAACAAAGAGCAUGCUCACUAAAACAUAGGUUGUGGUCCAAUGUGCUAAAGUAUAUUGUGAAAUGUGAAUUGCAGUGUGAUCAGAACGUGAUUAAGCAUCUUAAUUGAUCCCUAGUUAACAGUGACAUCCAACUCUGAUCUUGCAGCUACUUUGGGCAACAUUUCAAAUUACAGAAGAAAAUUUGUUCACUAGAGAAUAAUUGUAAGAAUGAUAGUUUAUCACCAGUUAAAGAGCCAAAAUUUGGCAUCCCUUAUCUAUAAAAUUUGAAAGAAAUAUACACUCACCAUACAUAUCUAUUUUGUAAGCACAAAAAAUGGUCAAAUAAAAAUACCACUACUGGCAUAUGGGUCAAUUUUAACUUGUGAAGCUCCUGCAUUUAUAAAAUAAAAGAGACUUCGAAAUAAUGGUUGCUGCAUUGGGUAUCAAUCUGCCUUGGUUUAAGGUUGUGAUUAUCAAUAGAUAUUGAAGAAGUAUUAUAUAUAUUUUUUCUGGCUAAACCCUUCCCUCCCAGCAUGUAUGCGAAUAUAAAUUUUUGUUUCACCCUGCAAAGCAAUUCAAGAUGAAAUUUAGUCUUUAAACCCUCUCUUACACACCUUUUGCUCCCGUUCACCUUGCAGAGCAAUACAUUAAAUCUCUCUGUGUGUCUUUAAGGGGCUGUAAGUUGAUUUUAUCCAAUAUCCCACACUCAGAAGUGGCAAUGACUAUGGAGGUCUCUGACAAUACAGAGAGGUUUAUUUACUCAAGUGAGAAUUAUCAGGAAUUCAAAGUAAAUUUCAAAUUCUCCAAGUACGCUAUACUUCCAACAAAGAUAUCUGGUUUCAAACCGUGAAAUUCACUAUGAAUUUUUGACACUAUUCACAUUAAAUAACCAUAUGUGUACUCAACAGGGAUGCCUGUAUUGUAAAUAGAUGCUUGGUGACAUUCUUUUGAGAGGUCUUUUUUAAAAAAUAUAUUUUUUUGUUGCACCCAGGCACACAAAGUGAACAUUAAUUUGUGAAGCUAUGUAUGUAUGUAUGUAUGUAUGUAUAUAUAUAUAUAUAUAUAUAUUCCACAAAAUCCUUGCACUCAGGGCUCUUUAGUAUAAUUACCUGGUGCUUGCAGUUUGGGGGAGACAAUAUAGGCAAAAUGGAAAGAUGACUAGCACACACGGUUUUCCAGUGGUUAAAAGUUGUAAGCUUUAAUGUAAAUACCUGAUCCUGAUGAAAGUCCCAGAUGUGGACUGAAACGUCGGUCCUUUUUAACAUGUAUUUACAUUAAAGCUUACAACUUUUAACCACUGGAAAACCGUGUGUGCUGGUCAUCUCUCCAUUUUGCCUAUAUAUGAUGAUCCUGAUGAAAGUCCCCAAAGAGGACUAAAACAUUGAUUCUGUUUAAAAUGCUACAAUAAAAGUCAUUUUUUAUGGAAGUCCGAGAGUGUAGCCAACUACUUUAACCAUUUGAAUAUUGGAGCCCUGGUAAUGCACCCGGCCAUGGAAUUUUGAAGCCAGAGUGCAAGGUACUGUAACCUUUAUAUAUAUAUAUAUGUAUAUAUAUAUAUAUAUACACAUACAUACAGAAAGAUAAUAAAUAUACAUCCCAGUAAUUGUGUAAUGCAUUAAUUUUUAAGUAAUUAUUUAAUUUCUCUAUUGAAGUGGAAAUUAAUUUUAUUGCAAAAUGUCAACACUUUCAGUGGAGGCCCAAACAUUCCUGCAAGGUAAAGAUUAAACUUAGUAAAUGUGUAAAGAUAGCAGAGAACCUCAUACUGAUAGCGAGUAAAACUUGGAGGUGGCAUCCGAGUAACAAACAAAAUACAUUUUUAUAUUUGAGCUAUGCAGUAUAUAUUGACAUAUUAAAAUGAUAGAGGAAAGAUGUUUGGCUUAAUCAUAAGUAUUUGCAACAUAUGGUGGCAUUUUAUAUAAUAUGAAAUUCACAAUCUAAUUGGAUAAAAGAGAAAAGGAGGAGCCAAUGAGAAAUCUUCAAUAAUUAGCAUGCAUCAUGUACCAGAAUAAAAUACUGUAUUAUUGGGGAUUUUUUUGCAUGACAUUCCCCAUUACCUAAGAAAUGCCUGAAAUAACUAUUCAGAAAUAGUAAAUCAUAAAUCACAAGACAGUAUAAUAACAAUUUAAACGUGUGUCCUAGAACGAGACUGUAAACUCAUCUUGAGAAAGGCCCUCUUCAUCUUGUAAUGGUUAAGAUUAUUUUAUCUAUCAAUUCGUUGGUAUUAUAUAAACUACUGUAAAAUUGUAAAGUGCUGUGGAAUAUAAUGAUACUAUAUAAAUGCUAUAUGAAAUAACACAAUCCAAUCUGUAUAUGUAACAGAUGUUUCCAUAUAACCAAAGUCAAAUUCAGAACAAAUCUUAAAAACUUAAAACAAAAUGUAUGCUUACAUUUAUAGUAGUUGUCUAAAUUAGCCAAAUAUGAAAACAUUGUCGGGUAGAUAUCGAUAUAUCGAUAUCUUAAUCAUACCAGGGUCUUCUUUGUAGUUAAUUCUCAUUUAUUGCAAUUGCAAUAUAGUUCCAAGCAAUAUAUAUAGUUUUCAAAAUUCACACACAUAUGAAUAUAUAUGUGUGCGUGCGUUAAUAACAUUAUUAUAAUUAACUAUAUUAACUAUUAACUAUAUUGAUGUAUGUGACAGGGAGUUUGAUUAUAAAAUUUUAAUUUAGGUAAGAUAAGGCCCAUUUUGCUAAAAUCACAGGAUAGAGAAAGUAUGUCUGCAUACAUAAAAGAUGAUUUAUUACAGUGAGAAAUGUGGGUAAUUCAAAUCGAAUUUCAAAUUUAAGGCCAAAGUAGUCAAACUGAAAGCUUAGCUGACUUGGUGAAUUUUUCCAGUAGCCUACUUUGGCCUUAACUUUGAAAUUCACUUAAUUUAACUUUGAAUUUGUAAUUCUCAUUUAAAUACCCAUGCUAGACAGUGAGCUCCAAGUUGUAAUAAAUGACAGGGAGUACCAAAUGCAUAUUUUAGUGCAGCAUAAACACUUCAUGCCUGGAUUUUUAGCCCUGGGCAUAAACAUGGACAUCACUUAAUCUAUUUCACUGUACAAUGUAAGGCCAUGUAAUAUGUAAUUACUAGCACAAUAAAGGGAAACGGUGGCAUAAUCCUUGUUCUAUAUAAUCUAUUUCACACUUUUUAUUAAUAUCAGAAUUACAUAUUAUGCCACCCUUGUGGUCCCAGUUUACUCCUCUCUUAAAAUUUAACUUUUUAUGUGUUUUUUUUUCUUUUUUCCAUUUUUAAUUUAAAAUGCACUGUAAAAUGAAGAAAAAUAACUAAAGUAUUCUAACUUGUUAUAUUCAAGUAUGUUCUCACAUAUAUUCUUUUGAAUUUCCGCUUUAUGUCCCAAGUGUAUAAUUUGCAAGUUAAGGGGUAACUGAUUACAUUACCAGUAGUACAAACAAAGAUUUACUACUGUUUGUAAAACUCAACAACUUUUUACUAGUAACAUAGGUGGAGAUUUACCAAAGUGUACUGUUCUAAAAAGUGGUGCGAAAAAUGUAACAGCUCAGGAGCCACCACUGGAAUGUGCAUGCUGGUUCCACGGGUUUCCAUUGUGACUGUCAUACUUUAGACCACUUUUUAGAAUAAAAAGCAUUAAUAAUUUCCCCCAUAGUUUUAAUGAUGACACUAGUUCUCCAAUAUAUGCCUGAUGUGGAUAGCUAUUUGGAGUAAGCCCUGGAUUAUUCCAUGAAUCGGGCCAUAUUGUAUGGAUGGUAGGUAGCUGUCUUUUGUAUUACAAACUGCAAACCACAAUGAGAAAUAGACAAUAAUUCCUAGAUUUUACUAUUAACAUGACGUAAAGUCAUGAUUUUAUUAAUGACACGGAGGCGAGUAUUAUGUAUUCUCUUUCUUUAUUAUACUCCCAGCAGCAAGUAAAGGAAGUAUGAGAGAAUCAUAGAAAAAACAUAACAACAGCUUGGUAACAGUGGCACUAAUCAGCAUCCAAGACUAUCCAUAUGGGUGUGGUGCUCCUUGACUCCUCCUCUUUCUGCGUAGACCAUAUUGUAAGUUCCAAAAUAUUCCAACAAACACGAAUUCCCAAAACAAAACCAUAUCUGGAAAUUCAACAGGGAACAGCUUCAACCGCCAACUCUCACAAGUGUAUUCAAGCUAAAAAAGAAGAAAUAUAUGGUAAUAUCGAAACUUGCAACUGCUAUUCCACAACUAUCCAACUCGUCCACUAUGUUAUUCAAUCACUAUAAGUAUCAUAUACGUAUAUUCAUCACAUACCUUACUCACCUUCGUGUCAUGUAUGACAUUGUACCUACCUUAUCGUGUAAUUCCAAAGGCCGCAUGACUGACCUGUAACUGAAAAACUGAAGUAUCUAUGCCUGCCACGGAUAAUAACCAUUUGAUCCAACGAGCUAAAGUAGGAGUAGAUACUGGUAGGUGAGGUACUCUGAACAAGAUGAAUAAUGGAUGGGUUCGAUCCGAAUGGAGCAAGCUUGUGCGGGGCUCGUAUUCCUUAAGGCAUAACACUGGGCACAGAUUUGGGUUAUCUGGAAACGACUGGUAGAAAACCUCCUUAGUCGCAGAUUUCGUCCUACGUGAAAUAUUAAAGGAAACUCCGUUCGGAACAAAAGCGCGUACUUGCCAAUCCAAUGCUCUGACAUCAGCAACCCGUUUACAUGAAAGUAAACAAAAAAGCAUCAACAGCUUGGCUGAUAAUUGUUUAAGAGAAAGCUCGUGAUUCAAAGACUCGAGAAAACGAAAAAUCACAUUAACAUAUCAGAAGGAAGAAUACCAAGCCUGAGGGGGUCGAGCAAACCGGAUGUCUUUGAGCAAACGACAGAUGAGGGCAUGUUUACCUAUUGGAGUACCAUCCAAUCCCAUAUGUCUCGCCGAUAUAGCUGAUCUGUACAGAUUUAUAGUCCGAAAGGCUUUUCCUUCUUCAAAGAGUAUAGUCAGGAAUUACAAGAUUGUUUUCACAGGAACUGAUAUGGGAUCCACUGAUUGUCCCAUGCACCAAUCAGUCCACUUCCUCCAAGCCGACCCGUAGGAACGUCUGGUACCUGGUGCCCAAGACUCUGCCAAGAGUCGUCUGCGAAACAUCUUCGAGAUUCAAUGAUCUCCUGAAAGGAGCCAUGCCAUCAGAUGAAGUAGACCUUGGUCGAUCAACUCAUGACUCAUUCCCUCUGGAUUGGUCAGGAGGUAAGGUAUGUCCGGCAACAGCCGUGGGAAAUCUAUAGACAUUUCUAAUAACUGUGGAAACCAAGGUUGUGACCUCCAUAUCGGGGAAUAUUGAAGGCAUGCAAGGGUCUGAGAGAUUAGGUUGAAAAGUGGAAAAGCAUAAUUCUUGCCCUUGGUCCAGUCUUGUAAGAAUGCGUCUGUCGCCAGAGCAUCUGGGUCUGGUCUCCAACUGAAGAACCGAGGGAGUUGGUUGUUCAGUCGAGACGCGAAGAGAUCUAUAUUAAAAGGCCCCCAAAGUCGAGAGAGACGUUGGAAGAUCAUUGGGUGGAGAUGCCAAUCCCCUGCGUCUCGAAGAUAUCGAGAAUUCCAAUCCGCCAGUGCAUUGUCUCGUCCUGGGAUAUAUUCCGCUAUUAUCGAAAUGCUGUGUUUCAGACAAUAAUGCCAAAAAUCUCGAGCCAUCAGUGCCAGAACUUUCGAUUUCGUUCCUCCUAGGUGGUUGAUAUAACGCACCGCCGAGACAUUGUCCAUCUUGAUUAGGAUAGAGCAUGAGAUGCCUGUGGGGGUCAUGCUGUGAAUGGCAAAGGAUGCCGCUAACAAUUCUAGGCAGUUGAUGUGUAGCACUGUUUCUUCGUUGGACCAUCUGCCACCGGUGGAAACUGAUCCACAACGCGCGCCGCAGCCGUGUAAGCUGGCGUCUCACUCUAUGACCAGAUCUGGCAUAGACCCAAAUAUCACCCGUUCAUUCCACACCUCCAUGUGGGAUAGCCACCAUGUCAACUCCUCUCUGGAAUCUUCGUCCAGUGUAACACAGGUUUCGUACGAGUGUCCGGAGCGCAGAUAUGAGGCUUUGAGCCUUUGUAGGGAACGGUAAUGUAACGGGCCCGGGAAGAUUGCUUGUAUGGACAAUGCCAAUAGCCCUAUGAUCCUUGCAAGAUGUCUGAGGGAAAUGGUCAUACGAUUCAUAAGUCAUCUGAUCUCUUUCUUGAUCGAAAUAAUUUUGUCUUUGGGUAGACAAAACCUCUUUUGUACAGAGUCCACUUGAAAUUCCAGAAAUUCCAUGCAUUUGGAGGGUUGAAGAACUGAUUUCUCCCAAUUCACCAAGAAUCCUAAAUUCUGGAGAAGGUGGGUUGUCCAAGACAAGUGAACACGUAAUUGGGAUUGAGAUUGAGACAGGAGAAGGAUAUCGUCUAGGUAAAUUAUUAAUCUGACCCCUCGUGUGCGCAGGAAGGCAAUCAGGUCUCUGCAGGUCUCUCAUUCUGAUCUUGCAUUUUAGCAAUAAUAUUAGCCCACAGUGAAUUAUAUACCCAAGUACACUCAGGGUCAAAAUUACUGGGCCCAAUGAAGUAAUGCUACUAGUAGUAGCUGAAUGGUUAAGAAGAACAGCAUCUGAAGUGACCUGUAGGGAAAAUAAUACUAGCUAUGGCUAAGAACAAAAAGGGAGUCAGGAUAGAGUAAUCCUCCACACGAACAAUUUGACCAGCAAUAACAGCAAUAAACAGCAAAUGUGCACCGUAUGGGUCUGGGAGUGCGCCAGGAGGGUAGGAGAGACCAUUAUCCACCUUAAGCAUCGGUCUGCAGCAAUUUCCCGCCGAAAAUUGCACUUAAAAUGGCCGCCGCAAGUAAAAAUACAUAUGGCGGCAGAAACCAAAAAGAUGGCCGCCGUGGCACGAACUGCGCAUUAGGAAAGGGGAAAACGGUAAAAUGAGCCCUCGCGCAUGCGCGGACCGUACGAAACCGCGGUAUACACCGCGGACAUAAACGGUGAGCGGCUAAGGUCAGCCCUGCUGCACCACCGAUAAAACUGAACAAGCAGGGAAAGAAAAGAGUAAAACACUACUCUAUGGGCAGGAGGGAAAACCAGGGUCCCAGAGACCCCAAUAGGCAGCACUCCCAGACACCAGCAGGAAAUAAACCAGCAAUAAUAGUGAGCAUUAAAUGAGCAUUAAUAUACACUAAGCCAAAAGUUCUGUCACAAAAUACACAUAUAUGUAUGAAAAUCACAGGAGUAGCAAGAGAUGAGGUACUUAACUUGUCUGAGGGAGGAGCAAGAAAGAGGAGGAGUCAAGGAGCACCACACCCAUAUGGAUACUACUGGAUGCUGAUUGGUGCCACUGUUACCAGGCUGUUGUUAUGUUUUUUCUAUGAUUCUCUCAUUCUUCUUUUUCUUGCUGCUGGGAGUAUAAUAAAGAAAGAGAAUGCAUAAUAGGAGCCUCUGUGUCUUUAAUAAAAUUAAUAUUUUUGGCUUCAAUGUUUCCCAUGGUAAUGUUGCUUUCAUGGUUAUUCACUGCAGUGUAAAAGUCACUUUAAUAUUGUAGUCUAGAUUAGCCAAAUCUGAAAAAUGUAAGCUUUGUUUCAAGUUCAGCUACUUUGGUCUAAAAUUUCAAGCCCAUAUUGGAUUCACAUUUUAGUGAAAACAUUAACUUUAGUGAAUAGCUUUAUUGGGGACAAGACAAAAUAAAAGGUUUAUAAUGACCUGACGAUAUUCUGUUUUUAGUACUUUAGAGCCUCAAAUCCUGCACUUGAAUUUCUGAAUUGCAGACGAAAAUAGAUCUUAAUUGGUUCUGCUAGUGAUACUGCCAAAUUUGAAAUCAUUUUCAACUUAAAACCAGGCUUUAAAUUGCUAGGUUAGAGUAAAAUAAAUUGGCAUCAAUAGUGAUGAUAAUAAGUGGGAAACAGAAAUACAAACUAAAGAAAUUCCCAAAGCUAGGAAUUAAAUUGGGUAAAUGUUUAAAUGAGAUUUGGAUGCUGUCUGUUCAUAAAAUUGUGCUUUUGAGUGCCACAUGUUUUCAUACUCACUGUUUUUAUUUUUAUAAAAGGUAAUUGCAUGAAUGCUAAAUUGUAUUGCCUUUAAUAAUGUCCCAUAGAAUAUGUCUGUUAUUUUGUUAGAUCAGCAAGAUGAUAAAUCAAUGUCUUAAAAUUGAACAACUGAAACAACUGUAGGCACAGGUAUACAUCACAAGCUACAGUGCUUUUCUUCCUUUGAAGUGUAGUUCCUGUGCUGGAUGUCCAAUAGUAUAAUCAAACAAUACAGACAGCUGCCAGGAUAAAUAUAUGCAUGCAGUAAGCUGACUGCUACUCACAUUCUAUGGAGCAAGAAUCAGCUCUCUGCAUUUAUUCAUUACACAGUCAUCAAGAAGAUUUAUUUUUUUAUACAGGGUUGGCCAAAAUUCAGAGUAGGGUUUUGAGGAGUUCAUAACCUUGUUAUCGAUUAAACAAUUUAAAUGAUAUUUAUGAAUGAGGUAAGAGCGAAAAGCAUUGUAAAAUGGUUUGUCCCAUUACCAGGGAAUGGCGUUAGGGCAUUCCUAUCAUCAUAAACACUAAAGUGGACCGUAGUGAUUAUGAGGCUUGGAGUAACUCUUUGAAUUGAAAUGCUUUAUUUUAAACAAUUGAGAUUAUGAUUAUCUGUGAAGAGUAAUAUGCCAUAUUCACUAAUCUCUCUGUUUUUACAGAUGAAGAGAUAACAUUGACCCAUUUUCCAUCGGACAUUUUUAUAAAUCCAGGUGCAACUGUCACCUUUACUUGCAACGUUUCAUCCUUGAAUUAUACGAUACGUGAUAUAAACUGGUAUAAGACCAUCAAUAAUGAGUCAAAAAAGAUAGCAGAUUUAAGCAACCCAGAAAAUGGAAGAAUAUGCAUUUCCGCAAACUGGAAUUUAAGUAAAGCAGAGAUAUUUAUAAAGAAUGUGACCAUGAAUGACAGUGGGGAAUAUCACUGUGAGCAUGUAGAUGUAAAUGGUGACAAAAAAGUUUCCAAGAGCAGAAGGUCCAAGCUAAAUGUUACAGGUUAGUAAGCACUCAUUAUACAUUGCAAAUGUGGAUUUGCUUUUCUGCAGAGUGGAUAAUGACUUAACAAUGUAAGAGCUAAAGAUAACUAAGGAUAAAAACUCUGUUGUCCUAAGCAGGUAACAAAUUGUACCAAUAUGCCUCUAUUUGUCAUUAAGCUGUAUGUGUCAUUUUUUACGUCAAAAUGAAUUUUUUAUAUUUUAAUAUUCUUUUUAAAGAGCCAACAAAUUAGGCAAUGCUGUACAAUAGGUGGACUAGCAGACAAAUAUUUGCAACAAGAUGAGUUGGACGCACGGGAACAGAAGGUGUUGAGGGCCCUGCUCAAAUGAGAUAUGAAUGCAUCUAGAUAUAUUGUUGUUGUUAUUAACAUUCAAACAAAUAAAUCAGCAUUAAACUGUUCUGAGUUUAUUCCACUUUUGUAUUGUGCAGCUGAGAUUUCUAAUUCAAAUCAGUCGCUUUAAGUAACCAUUAAUGCUAUAAAAGUGAGUAUGAUGCGGACAAGGCUAUCCCGAGAGACAAACUUAUAAAAUUAUUUGAGAGCAGACUAAAUUGGCCAAAUGCUUUUUAACAGCCUUCAAAGUCCAUUUUGAAAAAGAUCUAUAGCCAGUGUAUUUUCAUUUGGACUCAAAACAAGGACAAUGAAUGCGACACUCAUUGUUGCUCAUUGCAGCAGUUAUGGUGCAAUUUGUCAUGCAAUGAUGUGCUCUGAGGUUUGGGCUAUAGCAGGAUUUACGUAGCCAACUACUUCAGGUCCUCUUAGCAAAUGAGUCACCAUUGACUAUUUAUGAAGUUAAAUCUGUGCAGAAAGGAAUAUACUGAUACAUAAUGAUGCUCUCCAGAUAUUUGUAUCGGUAUUGAGAAAGUCAAAUAACUUUAGCAGCCAAGGUGGCGCUUAUGGUGCUGGUUCUUAGGGUUGUGGUCCCCUGACUUUUCUUAAACUUUGUUAAAGUAAUAAGCCCAUCACCAUAACAACUACAGCCCACUUUAGAGAUCUCUGCAAAGAGCUUUCCUUUCAGGGGGUGUCAAAUCCCAGCAGCCAUCAUAAGCACCAGCUGUGAGAAUCAGGCAUUGUCUUCCUCAUCAUGAUAUGUGCUUUAUGGAGUCCCCUGCUGCAAUCAUUUCAUUCAACAUUAAACAAUUUUUAAAGUAUUUAUGUUGUAAUACUAAAUGAGAUUCCCCAGCAGGCCAUCCCCUCUGUGCUGCUUUGGCAAAUGAGGAAGUAUUAGCCUGAGCAGCAGUUGGCAGCUGUGAUUGGUUGGCAGUAUCAGCUGACUGCUUUUAUCCUGUCAGAACUCCCAAUGACCGUAUGAAUGAGUAUGACUACAAGGAAGUGUGUAAUCUCUCCCUUAGCCACCCCUCCAGAAGGGGCUGAACUGUGGGUGGCCAGUAACCCUUAUUUAGUAAUUCGAUUUUAACCCCUUAAGGACACAUGACAUGUGUGACAUGUCAUGAUUCCCUUUUAUUCCAGAAGCUUGGUCCUUAAGGGGUUAAGAGAUGAAAUAUAAUGCCUACAGUGUCCCUUUAAUAGAAUCCAAAUCAGCUAGUUAAAAAAUUUUCAUGUUGAUCUGAAUUGAGUACUUGUUCUUAGCAGGUAAAUUUGGUAGAACUCACUGAAAUUAAAUUAGUUUUUCCAUUUAUGAUCUGCCGACACCAUCUCAAAUGCCUCCAUACUCAGCAGUGACUCAGGAACUGGGACCAAACUAUGGAAGGUCUGGUAUUUGUUUCUUAAGAACUAUUGUAUUCAGUUUUGUCAUUGGAAAUAUGGUCUCAUCAGAUCAAUUGAAACAGAAAUGAGCAGAAUAUAUUUUCAUCAGAAAAAUUGAGACAUAUUCAUAAUUAUUAUACAUCAAUUGUAUUUAUUAUUACUAACUCUGUAUUGGUAAACAAUUUAUUGCACAUAGAGUGUGUAAAAGAUGCAUACCGUAAUUAGAUGUACACAUCUAGUUUUCCACUAUUAUAUCAAUACUAUAGUUUUCAAAUAAAUUGUAUUUUCUUAUUAGAUGGAAUUAUACCAGAAUCAAGUUUAACAACUCCUUCAAAGAAAAAUUCAAACAAAAAACCAAAAAGCAACACAAAUAUUACCAUAAUCUUGGUCUCCAUCAUCCUCACUCUAUUGCUGCUGUUUUUUAUCUGCAUUGCUCUGGUACUAUGGAAACAAAAAGGUAAGCAUCAGAUUGGCUUGGAAUAAGUGGAUUGAAAUAAGACUGAGCUACAAUGAAAUCUUUUUUGGUUAAAUGUCAUUUUUGAAUGUGAUAUAUACCUAGGUCUAUAUUCUUAACAACCAAUACAGAAUGAGGAAAAGCCAAAAGUUAAAACGAUGUAAUUGUCAGAGUUUCCAUGCCAAUCUCCUUCUUUAGAGAAUAAUUAAUAUCCCUUUGCGAGGAUAUGAAUGAUUUUGUAUAUUGGGCAAUGUUCUUACUGUACCCUCUGAAAGAAUAUAACACUCUGUCCUCGGGUCUUUGCAGAGUUUGGGGGCAGAGAGGGGGCAGGAGACACAAACACACACACUCAGGGCCGCCAUCAGGGGGUGACAACCGUGACAGUUGUCACGGGCCCGGCGGCCCUGGGGGGUCCGGACUGCUCUGGCAAUCCUGGGCCCCACUUUGUUUCUCUGCACACAUAGAUAGCGAAUCUCGCUAUCUAUGUGUGCAGCCGCGGGCCCCCGGCUCCCUGUUACCGCAGAGGGGGCCCAGGCAGCACAGGAGCAGCUUCUCCUCCUCUCUGCUCUCUUCUCAUAACUCUCGCGAGACCCGGUUACCAUGGCAACGCUCCGCGGGUCUCGCGAGAGUUAUUAGAAGAGAGAGGAGGAGAAGCUGCUCCUGUGCUGCCUGGGCCCCCUCUGCGGUAACAGGGAGCCGGGGGGGCCCCCCACCGGACCACCACGGAUGGAAUCUCCCCCCUCCCUGGAUACAGGUAAGCAGGGAGGGGGGAGAAACAUUUAAUUACAUCAAUAGAAAAUUAAUGUUAAAAUGCCCCUUCCUCCCCCUCCCCCCCCAGAUCACACAUUUACACAACACACACUGCAUACACUAACACAACACACACACUGCAUACACUAACACAACACACACACUGCAUACACUAACACAACACACACACUGCAUACACUAACACACACACUGCAUACACUAACACAACACACACUGCAUACACUAACACAACACACACUGCAUACACUAAAACAACACACACACUGCAUACACUAACACAACACACACUACAUACACUAACACAACACACACUGCAUACACUAACACAACACACACUGCAUACACUAACACACACACACUGCAUACACUAACACAACACACUGCAUACACUAACACAACACACACUGCAUAUACUAAAACAACACACACACUGCAUACACUAACACAACACACACUGCAUACACUAAAACAACACUCACACUGCAUACACUAACACAACACACACUGCAUACACUAACACAACACACACUACAUACACUAACACAACACACACUGCAUACACUAACACACACACACUGCAUACACUAAAACAACACACACUGCAAACACUACCACACCACACACUGCAUACACUACCACACCACACACUGCAUACACUAAAACAACACACACACUGUAUACACUAACACAACACACACUGCAUACACUAACACAACACACACACACUGCAUACACUAACACAACACACACACACUGCAUACACUAACACAACACACACACACACUGCAUACACUAACACAACACACACUGCAUACACUAACACAACACACACGCACUGCAUACACUAACACAACACACACACACACAUGCUGCAUCCACUAACACAACACACACACUGCAUCCGCUACACACUAACACACACUCUGCAUCUGCUACACACUAACACACACUCUGCAUCCACUAUACUGACACACACUCUGCAUUCGCUACACAUUAAUACACUCUGCAUUCACUACACUAACACACACUCUGCAUCCGCUACACACUAACACACACUCUGCAUCCGCUACACACUAACCCACUCUGCAUUCACUACACUAACACACACACUCUGCAUCCACUACACACUAACACAAUCUCUGCAUUCACUACACUAACACACUCUCUGCAUUCAGUACACAUUAACACACUCUCUGCAUUCACUACACUAACACACACUCUGCAUCCGCUACACACUAACACACACUCUGCAUCCGCUACACACUAACCCACUCUCUGCAUCUGCUACACACUAACCCACUCUCUGCAUUCACUACACAUUAACACACUCUGCAUUCACUACACUAACACACACACUCUGCAUCCGCUACACACUAACACAAUCUCUGCAUUCACUACACUAACACACACUCUGCAUCCGCUACACACUUACACACUCUCUGCAUUCACUACACUAACACACACUCUGCAUCCACUACACACUAACACACAUUCUGCAUUCACUACACUAACACACACUCUGCAUUCACUACACAUUAACACACACUCUGCAUUCACUACAAAUUUACACACACUCUGCAUUCACUACAAAUUUACACACACUCUGCAUUCACUGCACUAACACACACACUACAUUCAUUACACUGACACACUCUGCAUUCACUACACACUAACAUACACUCUGCAUUCAUUACACACUAACACACACUCUGCAUUCACUAAACUAUGCACACACUGUGGAUUCACUAUACUGACACACACUCUGCAUUCACUACACUAACAUACACUCUGCAUUAACUGUACACACAGCAUCCACUACACAAACAUCCUGUAUUCACAGUACACACACUACAUCCACCACACAUUGAAACACUCUGCAUUCACUAUACACAGACACUGCAUCUAAUACACGCACUACAUCCACUAAACACAUUUCAUCUAGUACAUACAAACACUACAUCCACUACACAAACACACACUACAUCACUGUACACACAGUAUAUCCACUACUCAAACACACUCUGCGUUCACUAUACACACUGCAUCCGCUACACAAACACACACUCUGUACAAACAGUAUCUAAUACACACAAACACUACAUCCAUUACACAUAUUCUAAUUCACUUCCACUAUACACACCACAUUCAGUCCUGCAUCAUUGUCAGCGGACCAGGUAGGGCGUGUGCGGGCCCGGGAGGGAGGGAGGGGGGGGCCCAAACCUGGUGUUUUGUCAGGGGCCCCAAAAUUUCUGAUGGCGGCCCUGCACACACUGCAUCACUUACACACAAUGCAUCCCUUAGACAGCUUUUUAUCCCUUACACAAACCCACUGCAACCUCUACACAUGCACUACAUCCCAUAUACAAACUGUAAUUCCUAUGCACUACAUUUCAUAGCCACAGAUUACAUCCUCUACAACACACAACGCAUAACCUACACACAUACACUCCACUCGAUGGAAGGGACUUAUAGGUGGGCUCGUGGGUGGGCCUUGUGCGAAGACACUUGGGCGGGCCCAAGCCUUGUGCUGUGUGAGGGGCUGCAAAAUUGCUGAUCGCAGCCCUGCACACACACGAUGCAUCCCUCGAUACACACACAUGCACACACACACACAAUACAUCCCUACACACACACAGAUAAACAAUACCUACACACACACACAAACACACACUGCUUCCAUCACACACACAGAAACAUAAAGCAUCCCUUACGCGCACAGAAACACACAAUACAUCCCUUAGACAUAAAUCCACACUGCUUUUUAUCCCUUACAUAAAUACAUAGCAUCAACUAUACACAUGCACUGCAUCCACUAUAUGCACACAUUUACUCCCUUACACAUACACACACUGCAUCCCCUAUACACAUACACUACAUCCCUUAUAUACACACACUACAUCCUAUAUACAAACUGGAAUCCCUAUGCACUAAAUUUCAUAAGCACACACAUUACAUCCUCUACAAUAACACACAACACAUCUCCUACACACAUGCGCUCCACUCGCUGUGAGCGAACUCAUACAUCCUCUACAAUAAAACACAAUGCAUCCCCUACAUGCAUACACUUGCUGUGAGCGAACUCAUGUGUGAGCCUUGUAGGCAGGUACGUAUCUUACAUGAGGCAAACAAGGCAUCUGCCUUGGGCGGCCCUUUGCAGGGGGCGGCAAAAAAAGCCACCCGUAAACGCCCAGGCCGAUCCUUUGUUUGCCUCGUUUCCUGGGGGCUCAAGAGCUGGCCAGCUGGCCACUUUUGAGCCCCUCGAGGUGGGGGGAGGGCAGCGGGCAGCAAGGGAGCAUGCUCACCUGAGCUCUUCCUGCUCAGCUCCCUCGCGCGCUGCUUAAUGAAGUCGGGAGCCGUCAGACCGGCUCCCGGCAUCACUAAGCGACACGUGAGGGAGCUGAGCAGGGGAAUUAGAGCUCCCUUGCCGCCUACUCUGCCUGUCCGCCCUCUGCCUGCCCGCCCAGCAGCCCUACUGGACAGAUAAGUAAUCCACUCCAGCUCUCCCAGGGAGGCUGGGUGAAUUUAAAAUAAAAAAAUAUUAUCAUAAUUUGUGAGUGUUGGUGGUAAUGUGUGUGUGUAUGUGUGUGUGUGUCUGUGAGUGAGUGAAUGAGUGUAUGUGGGUGAAUGUGUGUGUGUGUCAGUAAGUGAAUGUGUGUGUGUGUCAGUCAGUGAAUAUGUAUGCGUCUGUCAGUGAGAGUGUGCGUAUGUCAGUGUGUGUCCGAGUAAUAGUGUGUGUCUGUCUAUCAUUGUGUCAAAUCAGUUAGUGUGUGUGUGUAGGUCAUUGUUUGUCAGUGUAUAUGAGUGUAUGCAUCUAUCAGUGAGUGUGUACUUCUGUCAGUCAAAGUGUGGCUUGACUGGGGAAAAUUUAAAUUAAGGGGGGGUGGUGGCUGCCCGAGCACUGUCCUGCCUAGGGCAGCACAAAUCCUAAAUACACCAUUGCUUGUAGGUUGACUCAUGGUUGGGCCUUGUGGGUAGACACUGGGAAGGGCCCAUAGGGCCCAGGCCUUGAGCUUUGUGGGGCCCCAAAAAUUUCUGAUGGCAGCCCUGCCUGUCAGAUGAGAGGUGCCACAAAGGGUAGUUGAGAAUGACAGGGCUAAAAUCCUGUAGGACCUCAGAUUGGUUUGGCAAUACCCAAUGACUAUAACAUAACGAAAAAGGAACAUAAUAAAGUGGACAAAUACCAAGGGCUGAAAGGACUGAUUCCAGGUGGGACAUCUGAGAACUCUGUCCAGAAGGAAGCAGUUCUAGGAGUAGCUCAAAUGCUGUGCAGAACCCUCAAACAUCAAGGCCUCUGGUAGAUGACCACCAGGAGGUGACAAGAUGACAUAACAACAGAUGUAAGGGAAAUGAUCCUAUAGAAACUAGCAGUCGUUAACCUGCUGGCAAGACUACCGAAGAUCACUGCAAAGCAACCACCAGACAGCAUACUAGCUGCAGUUCAUGAAGCAUUGUCCACAAUCUCAUCCGGCACCAUCACAGAAACGAACAGGUUCAUAUAUGCCACAGCAUUAGUGGUCCUCCAGCUACUUGAUUACAAGAUCAGGCUCAAAGAGAAGCAAUGCCCAUCAUGGAGAAUAAAGACAGCAUGGAAGGAAGUUAGUAAGCUGGAUACACUUAACAGAGGUGGAAAGAUCAAAGAUAGAUCCUGGCUGCUAUGGAAGUACAAUGAUAUUCCCAUAUUUGUUCUGCUGGAAACAGCUAAGCAAAGACUGACUGCAUUGACAACCAGAUUGAGCAGAUACACCAGAGAAGCAGAAGCUACAAGAAUCAAUUUUUCUUAACCACCACAUCUCCUCGCAAGACCAACCCAGAGCUGAGACUGAACAGUACUGAAAUAAUAUCUGGGAGUAAGAAGCACCUCAUAACACCAAGUGGCUAUUAGACCUGAAUGCAGACCACUGCAUGCUGACAGAACAGGAACCAGUCAUCAUCACAGUCGAAGAUAUCCAACAGAGAGCAGCACACAUGAAGAGCUCGUCAGCCCCAGGACCUGGCAUGAUCCACAACUACUGGAUAAAGACGUUAACAGUGCUGCAUGAACACCUAGCAGCACAAAUCAACAAGCUACUGACUGGCUAACAGAAGGCAGAACAAUACUGGUCAUGAAAGACCCUUACAAGGGCACAGUACCGACCAAUAACCUGUCACAUCACAACAUGGAAACUCCUGUCAGGCAUCAUAGACUCCAAGAUGCAUGGGCAUAUGAGUCAAUGUAUGAGCAAUACUAAGAAGGGGAUUGGAAACAACACCAGAGUAUCAAAACACCAACUACUGGUAGACCAAGCAGUCACAAGGGAUUCUAAGACUAGACAGACCAAUCUGUGUAUGGCCUGGAUUGACUACAAAAAAGCCUAUGACACAAUGCCACACACAUGGAUACUAGAAUGCUUGUCUCUCUACAAGGUCAGCAAGACAAUAAGAGCCUUCAUCAAGAACUCGAUGGGCAAGUGGAAAACAACUCAAUAAGCCAAUUCCAGGACAAUAACUCAAGUGAACAUUAAAUGUGGCAUAUACCAAGGUGAUGCGCUAUCCCCAAUGCUGUUCUGCAUAGGCCUCAAACCCCUUAGCCAGAUCAUCAAGAAGAGUGGAUACGCAUACAUGUUCAAGAGUGGAGCUACCAUCAGUCACCUACUCUACAUUGACGACAUCAAGCUGUAUGCCCGGAAUGAGCGAGACAUUGACUCAGUGAUCCACCUAACUAGGAUAUACAUCAAGGAAAUCGGAAUGUCAUAAGGACUAGAGAAGUGCGGGCGGAUGAUAGCAAAAAGAGGGAAGAUGAUCAGGACAGAAGGUGUUGAAGUUCCAGAAGGCAAAAUAGAACAUGUAGAGAACAGCUACAAGUACCUGGGGGUACCACAAACGCAUGGCAACCAUGAGGAAGAGGCAAGGACAUCUUUCAAGUACCUUCAAAGAGUCAGACAGGUCUUGAAGCCCCAGCUAAAUUGCAAGAACAAGAUCCAAGCCAUCAACACAUAUGCCCUACUAGUCAUUAGGUACCCAACUGGAAUAAUAACCUGGUCAAGACAAGAACUGGUCACCAUGGAUGUCAGGACCAGAAAACUACUCACUAUAAAUGGAGGAUUCCACCUGAAAUCCAGCACCCAGAGACUAUACACCUGCCGGAAGGAAGGAGGUCAGGGGCCUGAUGAGUGUCAAGGCAACAGUCCUGGUUGAAACCCAGAGCAUCCACAAGUACAUCAUGAAGAUGGCUCCCAAAGAUGAACUGCUAAGGGAAUGCCUGAGACUUCCACAGAUCGAAGAUGCAGAAAAAGAGGAGAUUCCUUGGCAAGACAAACCUCUCCAUGGAGUGUACCACCAGCAGAUAGUGGAUGUGGCUCACAUGACAAAAUCCUACCAGUGGUUGGAAAAGGCAGGACUGAAAGAUAGCACUGAGGCACUAAUCCUAGCAGAACAGGAGCAGACACUCAGAACCAGAUCAAUAGAAGCUGGAGUCUACCACACCAGUCAAGACCCAAGGUGCAGACGGUGCAAAGAGGCCUCUGAGACAAUCCAGCACCUAGUAGCCAGAUGCAAGAUGUUAGCAGGAACAGCAUACAUGGAGAGACACAACCAAGUUGCUGGGAUUGUGUACCGAAACAUCUGCACAGAAUAUGGAUUGGACCUGCCUAAGUCCAUAUGGGAGAUACCAGAAGGGGUAGCCGAGAAUGACAGGGCUAAGAUCCUGUGGGACUUCAAGAUCCAAGCAAGUGCUGGCCAACCAACCAGACAUCGUGGUGGUAGACAAGGAACAAUAGACUGCAGUCGUGGUAGAUGUGGCAAUACCCAGUGACUAUAACAUCAGGAAGAAGGAACAUAAGAAGGUGGACAAAUACCAAGGACUGAAAGAAGAACUAGAAAGGAUGUGGAAAGUGAGGGCAGUAGUAGUCCCAGUUGUGAUAGGAGCACUCGGGGCUGUGACUCCCAAGUUGGGGGAGUGGCUUUCAACAGAUUCCAGGUGGGACAUCUGAGAUCGCUGUCCAGGAGAGUGCAGUUCUAGGAACAGCUAAGAUACUGCAGAGAAACCUCAAACUCCCAGGCCUCUGGUAGAGGAUCCGUGAAUGAGAAAUAAACAUACUACCCAGGAGGGGUGAGAAAAUCAAUUUUAUAUAUAUAUAUAUAUAUAUAUAUAGAGAGAGAGAGAGAGAGAGAGAGAGAGAGAGAGAGAGAGGGAGAGAGAGAGAGAGAGGGGAAAAAUAUGCAGUGUCAACCAAAUGUUAGUUUUUAUGAGAGUUUAAAAGAUCAACGUUUGCAUUACACUCAUGCUGAACACUGGUAUCUAUAAUAGUCUGUAGCCUUAUCUUUUCCAUUUCAAGAAAACGUCUAUCACAUUUCAUCUCACAAAAUUGAUUUGAAAGGCCUUAUCAGCUGUAUGUAUAACAAUAUUUUCAGGGUCAUUCACUAAAGUAAGAGUUCAAGGUGAGCUCAAAGUGAAUUUUACAUUUAAGGCCAGAGUAGCUGAAUGGAAGGCAGACUUUUUACCUGAUUAACUGAUUAACCCUGUAUGUACAAGGAUUUUUAGCAAAAUCUAUAGCAUUAAAAGUAAAAAAUAGUUGUAAGCACUUAUUUAUAAGUGCUUAUUUUGCAUAAUUUGUACAGUAUUUGAAUAAUGUAAUGCUCGUUUCCUGUAGAUGCAUACUUGAUUAAUUUGGUAAGCAGAAGGUUUGUCUGUUGGCAAAAAAUAAAAUACAAUUUAAAGGGACACUAUAGUCACCAAAACAACUUUAGCUUAAUGAAGAAGAUUUUGUGUAUAGAUCAUGGCCCUGAAGUUUUACUGCUCAAUUCACUGCCAUUUAAGAGUUGAAUCACUUUUGUUUCUAAUUAUGCAGCCCCAGCCACACCUUCCCUGGCUGUGACUGACACAGCCUGCAUGAAAACAAAAUGGUUUCAUUUCCAAUCAGAUGUAACAUACUUUAAAAGUUUUUAUCUCCUGCUCUAUCUAUUGAUCUUUCUAUACAUACAUGAGGCUCCUGCAGGAUCUAGCAAGCUAUUAACCAAGCAGGAGAUAAGAAAUUCUAAAUUAAACAGAAUUUGCAAUAGAGGGAGUGUACGCAUUAGAUGUCUCUUUACAGGAAGUGUUUAGGAAGGCUGUGCAGGUCACAUGCAGGGAAGUGUGACUUGGGCUGUAUAAACAAGUGAUUUAACUCCUAAAUGACAGAGAACUGAGUAGUGAGACUGCAGUGGCAUGAUCUAUACCAAAACUGCUUCAUUAAGCUAAAGUUGUUUUGGUGACUAUAGUGUCCCUUUAUUGGUAUAAGCAGCAGAGGCACUACAGAGUAUUCCAGUCAUUAUAGUGAAAGGAUGCUAAAAAUUGAGAACAGUUCUAUAUUUCUAUUAACCUCCAGCCCCUUCUGUGCCUUUCUGUACCCUAUCUUGUAGCGUAUGCAAGUAGAAUUAAAGUAAAAGCUGAGCAAAGUUGUGUCCCUUAUUUCAGUAAAAACCUAAUCAUGGCCAGUAUAAUGUGAAUGAAUAGAGAAGAAACAUAUGAUGUUCCUCUACUCACACAGCACUGCUAGUGCUCUCAGACAUUGAUUGAGAGACUGGGCAGGGAAACUUUCAAAGCCUUAGCAGUGAUCCUAUUUGGCGAUACUACAGUUAGUGGCAUUGCGGGAAGGCAAUACACUAGUAUUUGGGCCUAUACCUGUUGUGUGCAUUGUAACAGCAAGACAGCCCUCUCUCAGUAUGCCACUUAAAGGACCACUAUAGGCACCCAGACCACUUCAGCUUAAUGAAGUGGUCUGGGUGCCUGGUCCAUCUAGGGUUAACCCUUUCUGCUGUAAACAUAGCAGUUUCAGAGAAACUGCUAUGUUUACCUAUGGGUUAAUCCAGCCUCUAGUGACUGUCUCAUUGAUUUUCACAGUGAGGAGAUGCCAGCGUCCAUAGGAAAGCAUUGAGAAUGCUUUCCUAUGAGACUGGCUGAAUGCGCGCGCGGCUCUUGCCACGCAUGCGCAUCCAGCCGAUGACGGAAGAAGAGGGAGGAGAGUCCCAGCGCCGAGGGAGCCCAGGGCUGUAAAUGAGGUAAGGGAUUAACCCCUUCCUCCCCCUUCAGCGCCACAGGAGUGGGACCCUGAGGGUGGGGGCACCCUCAGGGCACUAUAGUGCCAGGAAAAUGAGUUUGUUUUCCUGGCACUAUAGUGGUCCUUUAAUUAUUUUUGGUUUAGAAUGUGAGAAUCCACAUAAUCUGCAGUGUAUAUUAAUAAGUCACAUGAAACCCAUGCAACAGGCAUCUUAUUGCUGCAUUACCCUAUGGCCUCUGCUGAGAUACAGUUAUAUGUUUUAACUAUUAGUUUAUUCUAAAGUUUUCGCUAUAUUAUUGAGUGCCAAUUGUCAUUUAGUGAUAUUUAUCUAUUGCUGGAAAUACUUGCGAUUACUGUAAUCAGGAAGUAAUAUUGUUUCCUGUUGUUGUAACAGUCAACUUUUGCUAUUUUUUAGGAAACAAGAUACCACAAGCUCAAGACAAACAUCUGGUAAGCAUUACAUAAUCUCCAUUACACUAUCUUUUUCCUGAGAUUUGCCUCAAAUAUUGUUGCCUUAUUCUCAAACAACAAAACAAAGGUAACAAUGAUUACAAACGUCACGCAGGCUUUUUAACACAAAUUGGUAAGGGGAUGUGUCCAGCAUUGAGAAAAUCUCUUAGAAAAUCUAGGUAAAUGAAGCAGUCAAAAAAGUAAUUUAAAACCAAUUAUAACCAACACAUGUAGGACACUAUUUAAGUCAAAUGUUAAAUAUUCCACCAACAAGACAAUUUCAAGUUGAAGAACUAAAAGACUGGAUUGUUGAUUUUUUUUUAAAUUCACUAUUUGUAUUUUUAACUAACAUGAUGAAAAUAAAAUAUGUUUGUAAUUCUAGGAGUCACCUACACAAAGUCCAACAGUGUAUACAGUAGACUACGGAGUUCUAGAAUUUAGCAACAAACCUUACAGGAAGUCUGCAGAGCUGUGUGUAACAGAGCAAGUUGAGUAUGCUUCAAUCAUGUUUUCUUCUGGGACUCCAUCCAUGGGAGAAGAACAUAGAUGAAAAAAUCUCUGCUUGAAAUUAUAACUUGGAAUAUUGUUGAGAUUUAUCACAGAUUCAUACUUAAAAAGGACCUAAAAAUAACAGACAUUACAUUAAAGGACAAAUUCCCAGCUACCUUUAUUUAAAUUGUGUGAUUUUAUAAAUUAUUUCAAAAUCUUAAUCUAUAUGUACCGGGUAGAAUUUUCUGUUUUCCACCUCCUCCUUCAUACAGUUAGUGAUUCACAGACCAACAUACACUGUGAAGAACCAGACAGGGACUUUUUAUCCUUUAGGUUUAUAAACAUUGUUUCUUCAGCGUUGGGAGAAUUAAUAAUGACUUGAAAUAUAAAAGUGAAAUAUAUUUUUUGUGUUAGAAUAUGUGGGCAAUGAAAAUGUUAAAGUAUUGUGAAUAGGAAUCAGUAUGGAAAAACAAGACGAAUCUAGGAUUUAUAAAGUAGUAUCAUUUUCAAAUUAAAAAAAUGUACCAUACAAUUAUCGAUUUAAGCAUCUAAAUGGCUGAGUAUAUAUAUAUGUAUAUAUGUAUGUAUGUAUAUAUCUAUAGAAAUCGGGUGCACUCACAAGCCUUUUUCCAGACUCCGAACAAGUCGAAAUUUGAUUGUUUACACUAUUGGAAAUAAUUCAUGUAGGUCAAUAAAUACAGGAGUUGUACCCCUUUUCUAUGGAAAUAUUGUAACGCAGUGUAUGCUGCCUGGUAAAGCUUACCAAUUUACUCAAAAUGAGAGUGCCAAGGUUCAUUGUGUAUAUAUAUAUAUACAUACACACAAUUCAAAAGUGCCUCUGCUCUGUGGCCAGAACUUUUCUGCACAUUGUUCAGUCUAACAAAAUAUCACAGUGGUUAAUAUUGUUUUAUGUAAUCUUGCUAAAUUAAAAUUAGCAAUACAAUAUCAUUUGAUUAUAUCACUACUGUGAUUCUUUUUUGUUUUGAAUUAGCUUAAAUGCCAUUUCACAGCAACAGUUGUCAAAGAUCUUAUCUCGGCUUUGAAAACCCUCAGUAGAAGAACCUUCACCUUGCUAUGUAACAUUUCAUCUAGUUUGAUAUUCUGCUGAUGCACCAACAUGUGAUGUCUAGAAGAUUAAGACAUGAGCAUGCAAAGUCAAGGUGCCUUUGUAUCAAACUUAUUAUUUUCAGGCUACUCGUUAUUUUCAAUACAGUAACAGAAAGCAGUUUUUGAAGUUCUUUAGUAGAAUAACAUUUUCUAUUUUUUGAGGCCAGUGUAAAUCUGGGAUGGGUUAAAUGAUACAAUAAAACAGUAUUUAUUUGUAUUUUUAUUGUGAUUAACCAAAAGGCUCUUCUUGGCACUAUUAAUGUAUAGAUUUGUUAUAUAUACGCAAUAAGAUUUGUAUGUUUAUCUGGUUUAUUUUUGUUAAAAAAAGUCUUAUAUUUAUUAAAGUAUUUGGUAAAAUAUUUAUGCAAUGUUUUUCUUUUGAGACUCUGAGGAAGUUUAUAUAUGUAUAGUGUGUUUGUAUAUACUCUUUUCUUCUCUCUCGUUGACAGAUAUGCUAUGCCAUACACUAUUGAAAAGGUAGAUUUCUUUAUGAAGCAAGGCUUACGCCAAACCUAAAACUUACAUUUAGGCUUAUUGCUGUAAAUUAAACAAAUAUUUAGCUGAACUGAAAUUGAAUUACUUAUUAUUAAAAUUAAAGGAACACUAUAGGGUCAGGAACAGAAACAUGUAUUCCUGACCCUACAGUGCAAAACCCACCAUUAAGGUGGCUUGCCCCCUCCAACCUCCCUUAAAAGCAUGAAAAACUCACCUUAUUUCCAGCGCCGUGUGGGUCUACUGGCACUGACCCCGCCCCUUGGUGACAUCAUCAGAAUUGCCAAUUUUUAGCUGUCCCUAUUUUGAUAGUCAUCCCCACUUUGAGACUAAAUGGCUACUGUAGAAGUUGACCAUCAUUGUUUUGCAUAAAUUCAUCCCCUGAUAUUAUAAUAUCUUAAAAUAAUUAUUUAUUGAAGAGCUCAUGCCACUCUCUUAUUUUCAUCUACAUCUCCUGAUUCUAUAAGAAAACCCCUCCCAAAUUGUUUCUCUACUAAUAUAAAUUUGUUAAAAUUAAGUGUUAUUUUUAUACUCAUUAAGUGAGUUUUAGGUAUCUGUUGAAAGUGAGAGUGUUGAAAUGCAAUCAUGGAAAAUAAUGACUAAAUGAAGAAGGAAAAUGAAAUUAUAACUAACAUUCUAUUUAAGGUUGCACAUUUGAAACUAAAUGAUAAUCACCAGAAAAACUCUUACAAAAAUAUAUAUUUUUAAAUCUGUUCCUGCAGGCACUCUGCUGCCCCCAAAUGCCCUCCUCCUCCCCGUGUUCCCCCUGUCAUGGGGGGUGGGAGCAAGAGGUGA